AUGCCCCGUUCUUCGCGCACAGGUGAAUUGGUAUACGACCCUGAGGUAGAGAAGGCAGCGCGUAGGCAGAGGCAAGAGACCAAGAGACGAAAAGAAGGGCACUUAUUUAUUGCAACCGAGUUAGUAGAAGACGAAGUAAGCAUGGUCAACACCCAAAUAUUAAGGGAGCUGGCUGUCCCGGAGCUGACUCACCAGUCCUUAUGCAUCACAUUCCCCACUUUGGCUGAGAAUACUGUUUUCAAACUGAAGUCGGGGUUGAUUUACCUCUUACCUUCUUUCCAUGGUCUCUCUGGCGAAGAACCCCACAAGCACGUUAAGGAGUUCGAGAUGGUUUGCUCUAGUAUGAAACCUCCUGGGGUCACUGAAGAGCAAAUUAGAUUGAGAAUCUUUCCGUUCUCUCUCAAGGAUGCAGCUAAAGAUUGGCUGUAUUACCUACCAGCAGGUAGUAUUACUAUAUGGGCACAGUUGAAAAAGAAGUUUUUGGAAAAAUUCGUCCCUGCAUCCCAGGCUGCGAGUUUGAGAAAGGAAAUCUGCAACAUUAAACAGUAUCCCGGGGAGUCCUUGUAUGAAUAUUGGGAAAGAUUUAACAAGUUGUGCACUAGAUGCCUGCAGCAUCAAAUUAGUGAACAACUGUUAAUCCAAUACUUCUAUGAAGGACUCCAAUCAACUGAUAGGAGUAUCAUUGACGCUGCGAGUGGGGAGCACUGGGUUAAUGAGGUGGAGUCGACAUCUAUUCAGCAACAGUUGUCGGAACUCACAUCCAUUGUUCGACAAUUAGCUGUGGGGAAUGUGCCCCAAGUAAAGGCCUGUGGAAUCUGCACAAAUAUGGGCCACCCUACUGACUCAUGCCCUAUAUUGCAAGAGGAUGGGGCUGAACAAGUGAACAUGGCUGGAGGCGUGCCCGCGUCUCGUAGGCAUCGUCCACCAGGAUUCCAGCAACCUUGGAAACAGAAGUCCCAACCCUCGUCCUCCAAUUUAGGAAGUUUUUUGGAGGAAAUUGUCAAGAGUUUGGCAACAACCACCACUCAGCUCCAGCAAGAGACUAGAACCCUAGUCACGACCACUGCUCAACUCCAGCAAGAGACUAGGUCCUUGGUCGCAAGCUCUAUUCAGUUUCAACAGGACACCAGAGCGGGCAUGAAAGACAUGGAGGCUCGAAUGAGUCAAAUGGCAACUACCAUUAAUUGCCUGGAGUCCCAUGUCUAUGGGAAAUUACCUUCGCAGCCUGAAGCAAACCCCAAAAAUGUAAGUGUCAUGACAUUAAGAAAUGGCAAGGAAGUGGAGGGGCCAAAGGUCACGAACUUGAAGAGUAAAAGUGAAGACGAGAUUGAGAAGAAGAUAGAGGAAGAAGGACACAUUCGUGGAGGUCCUGAGAUAACUCUUACACCAUCAAUACCCGUUAAAUCUAAUUUACCCCCUUUUCCUUGCAGGUUGGCGAAGACGAAGAAGGCAGAGAAGGAAAAAGAGAUCCUGGACGUGUUCAAAAAAGUGGAGAUUAAUAUCCCCUUGUUGGAAGCAAUUAAGCGAGUGCCGAAGUAUGCGAAAUUUCUCAAGGAUUUAUGCACCCAUAAGAGGAAAUUGAGAGGGGACGAAAGAGUAGCGGGGAGAAAAUAUGUCAGCCAUGCUCCAAAGAAAGUUCUCACCCAAGUGCGGAGAUCCAGGUAUGUUCACGAUCCCAUACAAAAUAGGAAAUACACCAAUUAG